AUGGAGAACGGCUGCUGGAAACGGACCCUGACCUUUGCUUUGGUGCUGUUGGUCAGCACGCAUGCAGAAGCUUCAGUCUCCAGGCGCAUGGAAGACUUCAUCAAAGCAGUGCAGCAGGUGGAAGACGAGGACCCUGGGUCGGAGCCAGUAGCUGUGCUGAGGAGGCUGCGCAGGGCGGCCGGCCUUAAUGAUGCAUUCAUCCAGCACUACCUUGCAAACGCCGACUCCAGCGGUCCUGAACUGAAUGCCAACCUCUCCGAUUACAUCAGCGCCGUCGUUCAUCACAGAGUGACCGAGGACGGCAGAGAAGAAGGAGUGGUUCUGACUCCUGAUGGGACCACCGUGGCCCUCAGGCAGCUCCUCCUGGGCAUCGAGGCUGGUCUCCUCUCCAAAACUGAGGGCCGUGUUCGAGGUCUCUACCAGCUCACUCUGGCCAAAGAUCUCGGCCUGUCUCUCCGCUCUUCUCUACCACAGCGCCUCGGGCCAGAUGGCUGCUGGGACAAUGUGACCUCUCCUCAAGUGUUCACCCUCUCAGACAGCCCCUCUCUGCUCACCACCGCCCAGGUCAACGGGGGGAUGGACGGCGUGGUGUUGGGGGUGUCGGUCUCCGCCAAAUCCAGACGACCCCUCAAGCUCAGCAGUCUGCUGACAGAGUACUACUGCCACCAACUGGACAGCAGAGGGCUGGACGCCGCCCCACGCCUCAUCAGCCGACGCCGCAGGGAGAACUUCAAAACGCUGGUCCUGCCUCCAGUGUUGGUUCGACAGGUGGGGAAAUCAGUGGAGCUGCAGGAGAGACUGACCGGACGCUCCGAGAUGGAGGCCAAGACGAAAAAGCAGCUGAUGGCCGUGGUGAAGGAGGGAAUGAAGGAGUUUGUCCAUAUGUACAUGGAUUGUCCACCCAUCGUCAGUCGCUGCAUGUGGGAAGCCAAACCGUACAAAGGAACGCCCACCAAACUGUCUCUGCCUCUGUCCUACUUGUUCAUUCACCACACGAGCACACCGAGCCAGCCCUGUCUCACCUUCGAGCAGUGCUCUGAGGACAUGCGCUCCAUGCAGCGCUUCCACCAGGAAGACAGAGGCUGGGAUGACAUAGGAUACAGCUUUGUGGCAGGCUCUGAUGGAAACAUCUACGAGGGCCGAGGGUGGCACUGGCAAGGAGCCCACACCUUCGGACACAACGCCGUGGGCUACGGAGUCUCCUUCAUUGGCGACUACAUGAGCAGGUUGCCCUCUCAGCAGUCCAUGACGCUGGUCAGAGAUCAGCUGGCGUCCUGCGCUGUCGGCGGUGGGCGGCUGGUGGCUGAUUUCAUCCUGCAGGGGCACAGGCAGGUGGUGAGCACCGAUUGUCCUGGAGACGCCUUCUAUGCCGAGAUCAAAACCUGGGAACACUUCAGGGAGGUCAAGAAACAAGAAUAAUUUCCUUGACAAGAGGAAGAAGCUUCAAUACUUCAAAACAAUGACAUAAUAAAUCAUUGUCUCAUUC